ACUUUUUAAAGCAAUUAGCUGUUAGGGAGGAUCCGACAGAAGUACGAAUUUUCGAUAUUUCCACUAACAUGUGUAGCAACAUACAGCAAGAUGAAGUAGCUAUAGUCAUGGUUCCAUUUCCAGCACAAGGCCAUCUCAAUCAACUUCUUCAACUAUCCUGUUUAAUCUCCUCAUCAUAUGAUCUUCCUGUCUAUUAUGUUGGCUCAGCUAUACAUAAUCGUCAAGCUCGUGUUCGAGCCAACGCCUUAAAUCCAUCAGACAUAGCCAAAAUCCAUUUCCAUGACAUCCCAACUCCUGAAUUUGCCUCACCACAACCUGACUUUAAUGCCUCGAGCAAAUUCCCAUCACAACUUCAGCCAUCAUGGGAUGCUUCUAUGCUUCUUCGCGAGUCCAUUGCUUCCUUCUUAUGUGAUAUUUCCUCAAAAGCAAGACGAGUCGUUGUUGUUCAUGAUUCUUUAAUGUCUUGUAAUGUUCAGGAUGUUUCGUCCUUGCACAACGCGGAAUCAUAUGUAUUUAAUUGCAUUUCAGUGUUCACUUUGUACUGUUUCAUAUCAUUGUCUAUGGGAAUGCCUUUUAAGCUUGAAGAGGAAUUACUUAAAAAGUUACCUUCCAUUGAAGGAACUUUGACAGAUAAAAUCAAGAAUCUUGGAGCUUCUCAGAGGCCAUAUAUGGAUAAUAGAUCAGGUGAUAUCCAUAAUACAAGUAAAGUAAUCGAAGGUGAGUUUCUUGAUUUGCUUGCACAAGUAGCAAGUAAACAGGAGAAGAAACAAUGGGCAAUUGGACCAAUUUUGCCUAUUAAACUCGAUUGUGUCUCGAAUAAGAACGAUAUAUGUCUCGAGUGGCUAAACAAACAACCUCCAAGAUCAGUUCUUUAUGUAUCUUUCGGAACAACAACUUCAUUUUCUGAUAGGGAAAUCAAGGAGCUCGCGAUGGGAUUAGAGCAGAGCAAACAGAGGUUUUUAUGGGUGUUGAGAGAUGCUGAUAGAGGUGAUAUCUUUACCGGAGAAGCUAGAAGACUUGAGUUGCCGGAAGGAUUUGAGGAAAGAGUAAAAGGGGUUGGGUUAGUGGUGAGAGAAUGGGCACCACAGCCAGAAAUCUUGGCUCAUUCGUCCACGGGGGGUUUCAUGAGUCAUUGCGGAUGGAAUUCUUGCAUUGAGAGUAUUACUAUGGGAGUGCCAAUAGCUGCUUGGCCUAUGCAUUCUGACCAACCAAAAAAUGGUUUCUUGGUUACGGAAAUGUUGAAAAUAGGCCUGAUUGUGAGGGUGUGGGAGAAACGCGAGGAGCUGGUGAGUGCAUCCGCCAUUGAGAAUGUUGUGAGGAAGUUGAUGGCAUCAGAAGAAGGUGAUGCGAUUAGGAAAAGAGCAGAAGAAUUGGGAGAAGCAGUAAGGCGGUCCACAGAGAAAGGGGGUGCUUCUCGAAUGGAGUUGGAUUCUUUCAUCGCGUAUAUCACAAGAUAGACUUGCUUUUUAUGGCUAUUAGUAAGAUGAUUGCUAUGUACUUCUCUUUUAACAGAUAAUUAAUCUGGUUUUAACAUGAAUAAAUGUUUGCCUAUAUGCUUUGCAA